UAAUUUAACACAUUCGCCAAAUGAUUGUAUUCGGAAAAGGAUUGUCAAUCCCCUAAAUUGUAGCGUGUAUUAUGGCGGACUGAGCCACUAAGUAGUGCGCCACAAAAUCCAGCGCGUCUCAAUUAAAGAUAAGUAGCGCGACGAGGCUGCCAGUGAAAGGCUGCUCUCUGUAUUGGAGCCUCAAAGACAAAAAGACAAUCAGGGUGUCGAACAACCCAAUAAUCAUAUCUUUGCUGAAUUAAAUCACGAAACCAUUGCCUUUGGCUUGAAUCGUACUUCUGCUCACUUGUUUCUGCACACUGUUGGACAUUAUGAGCAACCAGUCUCGCGACAGCCUAAGACAUCAAUGAGAGCUGCACCUCCAUGGCAACCAUCAAGGCCAUCGAGGCCCGUACGAUCCAUCAGAUUCAAUCGGGCCAAGUCAUCGUUGACCUGUGCUCGGUCGUAAAGGAGUUGGUCGAGAAUAGUGUGGAUGCUGGAGCCUCUAGUAUAGAUGUCCGUUUCAAAAACCAGGGGCUGGACGCAAUCGAAGUCCAGGAUAAUGGCGGUGGUAUCGCCCCCGAGAACUAUGAAACAUUGGCUUUGAAACAUUAUACAUCGAAGCUUUCGACUUACGAGGACCUCACCUCUUUAGAGACCUUUGGUUUUCGAGGAGAAGCACUUUCCUCCCUUUGUGCGCUUUCUAAAUUCUCGGUGACGACCUGUCUAGCGUCGGAUGCGCCUAAGGGUUCGAAACUCGAAUUCGAAACGUCUGGAAAACUUCGAGCGAACAGUGUCAUUGCAGCUCAGAAAGGCACUACAGUAACCGUUGAGGGGCUUUUCAACAACCUUCCUGUUCGGCGUCGCGAGCUCGAGCGCAACAUUAAAAGGGAGUGGAACAGGGUUAUAGGUGUGCUAAACCAGUACGCGUGCAUUUUGAUCGGUGUUAAGUUCUCUGUAUCGCAACAACCGAACAAAGGCAAGAAGAUCGUACUCUUCUCAACCAAAGGCAAUAACACCACACGGGAGAACAUUGUCAAUGUCUUUGGGGCCAAGACUUUGCACGUCUUGAUACCUCUCGAGCUAGAGCUCGAAUUAGAGCCUACCAAUGGACCAAGCAGCCAACGGUGGAGUACUCAGGAAGGGGGGAGUAUGAAAGAGGUAAGGAUCAGGGGCCAUGUAUCGCGCCCUGCUCACGGCGAGGGACGACAGACACCAGAUCGCCAAAUGUUUUUCGUAAACGGGCGACCUUGUGGGUUGCCUCAGUUCGCAAAAGUUUUCAACGAGGUCUAUAGAACCUAUAACUCGUCCCAGUCACCAUUCAUAUUCGCGGACAUCCAGCUUGACACUCACAUGUACGAUGUAAACGUCAGCCCUGACAAGCGGACAAUUUUGCUGCAUGACCAGUCUCGGCUACUCGACAACCUUAGAGAGGCGCUCAUCGCUUUGUUCGAGGCACAAGAUUAUUCAGUGCCACUUUCUCAUAUCGGUGGACCGAAGCAAAUGCUGUCUAAGAUGACGAUCAGCCGCCAGAAUACUGUGGGAAGCCAGGAUGGGGGUACGAGAGGCCCGUCCGUAGGCCCGGGAGGCAACCAGCAGAGGGCGCAAAGCGCAGACUAUGGGAUUCCCGGGCAUGGCCAGGACGGCGAUAAUGAAGCAGCAGAAACGCCAUCCUCGAAGAAAAGAGCCUCAGGUCUUAACCUCGUCAGUCGAUGGGUAGAGGGGAAGUCAAAUGAUCGUGAGGCAUCUGCCGAAAAACCAUCGCCGGACUAUGAAAAUCCUGAAGGAGCGUUUCCACUUCCCAGAGAAAAAUCGAUCUCCAAAUCUGCAAAGACUGACGAGGUUUUGGAAGACACGUCUGACGAGGAGCCUUCUGACAAGCUGCGCCAAGAAAAUCCUCACAUUUCGAGACGUGUAGCUGAUUUCAAUGUUUGUAUGGACGAGUUAAGCCGAAGCAAGCCCACUGCAGAAACGGCGGACGUUAGUCAAGAGGACACUGGGACAUCAGAUCCACCGAUCCCAAGUAUUGUGCCUCCUUCGCGUACGUCUGAGAUCAAGAAUAUCAAACGGAGUCCACCCAAGGUCAAGCGCACUGCUCAGGAAGUAGCUACUAUUACAAUAGAUGGCGAGACCGUGACAAGUCUCAUUGGGUCACCUGCUAAAAAGGCACGAACAGAAAAACCAACUAAUCAGAGCUCGAGAAGGCUGCAAAGUACUUCAAAGCCAGUGGCACCAAUACCAUCAUUCCAGGGACGCCUUACUCAAUUGUUCUCGGCUUCAAGCACCGCGAGGACACGGCUCGACGAUGCCCAAAUCGCAACGACCCUGGUGAAUAGCCCCGGCAAAUUCAGAUCGCCUAGUGAAGAUAGUGACGGCAGUGAAGGUUUAUUUGUUGAAAACGAUGAUGGUGCAGAUCGAGGGACCCUUUCGCCUUCUUUGCAUGAAGAACCUGGCGUUGAGCGUGUUGCAGAACAUGCGAGCCCUCGCCCGCCGCCCGAACAACCACGAUCUGCUCGCAAAAAACAUGGAUAUGUUGCCAUGAAUGAGCUUGCCGCAUCGGUAUCUGAUGAGUCUACUCAGAGCGACAAGGAAUAUGUUGAUAAUGAGGAGGAAAAGACACAGGAGGAGCGCAGGGUUCGAGAUAUGAUUGAUGCUGCAGAAGACGUAGCAAAAGCCACCUCUGAGGAAACUCAGAAACGUCAGCAAAGCUUUGUCAAAGGCUCAACCAAACGCAAGGACGUUACUUGUCAGCUUCUACAGACGGUCCGUUUGGAUGCUAGCCACUUAAGGGCUAGCAUUUCAAAUCUGGCGGACACAGUCGCCAGAUCUAAUGCCAGUUCACCACUCGAGGUUUCCGGCCACGGCAUCGAAGGCGAUGAUGCCGAAGAGAAGUUGUCUCUUACCAUAUCGAAGUCCGACUUUGAGAAAAUGAAGAUUGUUGGCCAGUUCAAUUUAGGAUUUAUUCUGGCUGUUCGCCAGGCAGAGAUGAACCCAGAUGAACCAGAAGAUCGACAUGCUUUGGAUGAUGAGCUCUUCAUUGUCGACCAGCAUGCAACAGAUGAGAAAUACAACUUUGAGCGUCUUCAGGCAACCACAGUGGUGCAAUCUCAACGGCUUGUACAGCCCAAAGCUCUCGAGCUCACCGCCAUUGAAGAAGAAGUUAUCAAAGAGAAUAGCGAGGCAUUGGAACAUAAUGGAUUCCAGAUCAGCGUCGACGAAAGCGGCUACCAGCCGGUUGGCUCUCGUUGUCAGUUGCUUAGUUUGCCCCUGAGCAGAGAGACGACAUUCACUUUAGCCGACCUUGAGGAACUAAUCUCACUUCUCACGGAUCAUCCGUCCGCAUCUGAAAAUACGAUACCGCGACCAUCAAAAGUACGAAAAAUGUUUGCUAUGCGUGCUUGUCGUAGUAGUGUCAUGAUUGGCAAAUCCCUGCAGAAGAAGCAAAUGGAAAAACUGAUUAGACACAUGGGCGAACUUGAUAAGCCUUGGAACUGUCCACAUGGUCGGCCGACUAUGAGACAUCUGUGUGGACUGACCGCUUGGGAUGACUCUGUCUGGCAAGAAGGCGAUGCCUCCGAUGGAAACCAAGGAAGCCCUAUAAAUUGGGCAGCGUAUCUAAAGAGUCAACGUUAACGUCUAUAAUUUUCAGUACAUUCUUAGUCAUCUCGUAGUAGAUCAAGUAGAGUCUACAUGAUCUAAUGCGUUAUGGCAAUGUACAUAUACUCACAAGCUAUUGUCAUGGUUAUCAUAUCUCUUUUGUUGUUAUAUGACUACAGCCUUCAAUCUUCCAGGCAACCAAUCAAUUAGUGUUAAGUGACCAAAUGUACAUAUUAGCGGAAGUCCAACGCAGCAUCUUGGCGAGUACAAUGACUCACUUAGUUAUCUUGAGA